AUGACUGAUAUAUUUAUUGGUUAUUCAAUUCAAACGUGGAUUAGCGCAUUGAUUGGUGCUGGUUCCGUUGGUCUUGUUGGAGUUUUACCGUUAUUUGUCGUUCCAGAUGAAGGAAAUAAAAAAGAGAAACCAUAUUUGGAAAUUUUGCUAAGUGUUGCCGUUGGAAGUCAAUUAGCCGAUGUAUUUUUACAUUUAUUACCAGAAGCAUUUGCACAUCCCAAUGCAUCAGCAAUUCAAAUUGGUCUUUGGAUCUUAGUUGGUCUAUUUCUUUUCUUUCUUAUCGAACAAAUCUUUCCUGAUGAUCAAAAUGAUCAAUCAAACACAAAAAUCAAAACAAGUGGUUAUUUAAAUUUAUUAGCGAAUUUUAUUGAUAAUUUAACACACGGUGCAGCGAUUGGUGGUAGUUUUGCUGUUAGUCCAUUCGUUGGUGCAACAACAUUAGCUGGAAUCAUGAUUCACGAAAUUCCUCAUGAAAUGGGAGAUUUUGCCAUUCUUCUCAAAGCAGGUUUUGAUCGUUGGCAAGCGACAAAAGCUCAGAUUAUAACUGGAUUUGGAGGAAUACUUGGAGCUUCAAUGGCACUUUUCUAUUCAAAUUCAGUUCACAGUACUUUAUGGGUUUUACCAUUUACUAGUGGUGCCUUUCUUUACGUUGCAUUAGUGAAAACAGUACCUGAGCUAUUGAAAGAAAAUGAUCUUUUACAUUCACUUCGACAAUUACUUGGUGUACUUAGCGGUCUUCUUAUUAUUUACUUUAUUAUUCUUUAUUGUGAAUGA